AUGUCGCUUUUCGGUGGAACCAACGCUCAAGCUCGUGCUAAAAAUCUCGUCGAAUUUAAAGCUGGGAAAAUGAACUUACGUGGUAACAUGGUCUAUCCUGAUAAACGAAAAGGGCUCGUUUAUUUAUAUCAGGGAGAUGAUAUGCUUAUGCAUUUAUGUUGGAAAGAUCGAUCAAGUAACACAGCAGAAGAUGAUCUAGUUAUCUUUCCAGAUGAAAUCGAAUAUAAGAAAGUUACACAAAAUACCACAGGUCGUGUUUAUGUUCUCAAGUGGAAAACGAAUUCGCGUAAGUUCUUCUUUUGGAUGCAAGAGCCUAAAGAUGAUCAAGACGAACAAUUUUGUAAAAAGAUAAACGAUUUCCUGAAUCGCCCACCAGGGCCUGGUUAUAGUGACAGCAGUAGCAGUGGUCAUCCAUUGCAGCCUCUUAUGGAACGCAUGGCGGGCGCUGGUGGUGCCGGUGGGCUCGGUCCAAAUGAUUUAUCCAAUGUUCUGCGUGGCAUGAAUCCAAACGAUGUUGCUUCGCUAUUCUCUGCAUUUGGGCGUGGAGGUGCCGGUGCUGGCAGUUUGAUGCAAGGACUUCAACGUAGUGCUGGAUCUGAAGGAGGCGCCGCUCAACAAAGAACUGCAUCAUCUCGUACAAAUCCUCAAACUGCAACAUCGCGUCCGAAUACGGCACCGACUGCAACACGUACACCGGCGACACCACCUACUUCUAGCAGUCGAGCUGGCAGCAGUUCAUCAUCGUCUUCAACACCAGCUGCAACGGCAUCUACAACAGUUGCUUCGACUUCAUCAAACGAACCGAAACGUAGUGGUAUUCAAAUGAGUGCUCUGACGAAUGCUCUUGUCAAUUUGAAUAAUAGUACAACUGAAGACAGUGCAACAGCAUCAUCGGAAACAUCUCUUUAUCCUUCGAACGGUGAAACGCUAAUUCCAUUGUUAAGCAAUAAAGAUAUCCAAGAAAAAAUACGUCCUCAUCUACCCGAAACUUAUUCAAUACCUGGUACGGAAAACGAAUUGAAAGAAUCAGUUCAAUCGCCGGAAUACCGUCAACUCACUGAUGCAUUUAGUACUGCUUUUCGCUCAGGCGAAUUGAAAUCUAUCCUUUCUCAACUUAAUCUUUCCGAACAAGUAACCAAUGCAGUUAAUCAAGGUGAUUGGCAAGUUUUCAUCCAAGCCUUGGCUAAACAUUAUAAAAAUGAGAAGAAUCCGUCCAACAAUACAAUGGAUACAAGUUAA